CAGAUCGCAAUCACAUUUUACUUUCGAAUAAAGUACCUUGAGAUAAUACCACUUGAAGCCCCGCCCCCCUCCUCUUUUUAAAAAGAACAUGGCUACUCCUGCUCAGUUAGCAGAGAAAGCUCGUCAAGAUCGUUCAGAAGUUCCAACAACAAGAUAUGAUACCCCGCCCCCACUUCCACCACGAGGAGAGUCUAUUCAGGCCCCUCCGCCCUACACAGAUGACGAUGCAAAGAGGAGUGAACUUAUUUCAGAGCAGUGGCGUUCAAACGAUCCAAGAUCAUCUUCUACACACUCUUUAGUGCCUUCGGAAUCUAAUCGAGAUGGCCGUCGCAAAUUACUACUCAUCUAUAUUCACGGGUUUAUGGGCAACGAAACCAGUUUCCAAAGUUUUCCUGCUCAUGUUCAUAAUCUUCUAAGUAUUACGCUUGAAGCUACUCAUGUCGUCCACACAAAGAUUUAUCCUAGGUACAAGUCCAGAAAAGCGAUCAAUUUUGCACGAGAUGAUUUUAGCGUUUGGCUAGAGCCUCAUGAAGAUGCUCUAACAGACAUCAUCUUACUUGGUCAUAGUAUGGGAGGGAUUCUUUCUGCUGAGGUUGUUCUUCAAUCACCAUCUCCUCCAGCAAAUCGACGCUUUCGCCAUAGAAUUUUGGGAACAAUUAGUUUUGAUACCCCAUUCCUAGGUAUGCAUCCUGGAGUUGUGGUUAGUGGAAUUGGAAGUCUCUUUAGGCCCGCGCCAGAUCCUCCAGGUUCAAGAACCGGUUCGUUGUCACCCGCCGGGGCAAGUUCGCCGUCGAUAAAUGGUCCUGCAUCUACAGCAAGUCUUGCAGCCACUCUCUCAGAUUCGAAUACGAUGUAUCAAGGAAGUAAUGCACAAAGUAUGACAUCUUUGGCUACCCCACCACCCAAUGAUCCAUAUUACAACGCCCCUUUCCCCAAUGAUAUUAGGAUACCGGAACGAAAAGGAUUCGAAAACUUCUUACAUUUCGUCAACAAGCAUGCUGAAGGUGUUGGGCUAACAGGAAAGCUGAGUGGCUUAACCUCGGCAACUUCACAGUAUUUUAUGUCCCAUAUAGAAUUUGGUAGCUGUCUAGCAGAUUAUCCUGGCAUGAUGAAUCGCUAUUCCAAAUUGCGUGCUCUAGAAGAUGUUGAUGAUCUUGCUGAGCGAAGUAAUCCUGCCAAUCGAAAUCAAAGCUUUCAAAGAAGAUUCGUAAAUUACUAUACUGCAAGUACUGGUCGGCUGAAGCCGCCAAAAAGUUCUGCUGUCGAAGUACCUCUUAAUGACAAUAUUGCCGCAUCGGAGGCAGGAAUGAGUAGUCUAAGUCUACAAGAUUCUGAGAUUCAGCCUUUAACAUCAGUGGAAAACACAACUACGACGGAUCCCAAUAUUGAUUCUGCCGACGAUAUACAUGUGCAGCAAGUCGAGGAACAGAUGCAAGAGCUAGGUGAUAGCUCAGGAGUUCAAGAAGAUGCGCCACCACUACCAGAAAUGCAACACAUCGAUUCAAUGCCCAUUGAAGAAGACGAAGAGAUACCUGUGGUGGUUUUAUCGCAUGCUGAUGACAAGAACGAUGCGAACUCUACUGUACCUACAAUAUCCACCGAGCCUCCACUUCCUCCUAUUCCUGAUGCGCCGACGGAACCUCAGCCAAUAGACCUCAGCCUUUACACAGACAAGGACUCUCGAAAAAUCGCGGAAAAGGAGCACAAACGCAUUAUGAAAGCUUAUACUCAAGCCUUGAAAGACCGCGAAAGUGCUCUCAAAGAUCGUCGCAAGUUAAUCGAGAAAAGAGAAAAGAAAGCACGACAAGAAGAGGAGAAACGAAUGAAAGCUCAAGAGAAGCAGAGAUUGAAGGAAGAAAAAGAGGAGGAAAAGCGGCAAGCUGCAUUGAAUUCUAAGUCCCCUAAAGGAAAAGAAAAUGUCGCGAAAGUGGAGAAGACGGAGAAGACGGAGAAGCCGAAGAAGGACAGGAAGUUCUGUAUGCUGCCUGCGGAAUCUGGAGGAAAGAGAGACGUCUGCUGGGUCCGAGUUUAUAUGGAAGGAGUAGAUGAAGUUGGGGCACAUUGUGGUCUUUUCUUUCCAGGGCCGCAAUACGAAAGUUUGGUCGGAAACGUAGGUGAAAGGAUUGAGACAUGGGUGAAGGAAGAUGAAACGAAGAGAGCAGUUCUCUCCAGCCGUUAG